AUGUUUGGUUUUGCGAGAUUUUUUUAUCACCUCCUCGUCUGUCUGUAUGCCCACCCAUUCGUUGUGGUCGGCGUAAAGCUGGAGACGGAUCCCGGCUGGCAGCGCUUCUUCGCCCUCGAGACGGCCAAGUCGGUGGCUCGUGAGUUGGCCGAUCUGCCGACGCCGUUCUUCCCGAUCCUCUGCCUCGCCGCCAGUCGCGGUUGCCGACGCUGCCUCUCCAGCAUCCUGUCGCCGAGGCGAGGCUGGCCCGCGGUUGCCACAGCGCCACGAGGCGGCCAGGUUGCUGCCGUCUCGUCAGUCAAGCGCCACUGUCGCACGACCGGCACAAGUCGAGUCGCUCAGGCGACCAGCCUCGAGAACGAGUACCAAACGGCGCCGGGCACAUGUUCGAUGUCGCCGACGAAUGUGAAUGCCAGUCCGAGUCCGAGUCCGAGCGCCGGAGAGGUGACAUCUGAGGAGGUAUGGUGGUCGACUCGAGACCGGGCCAGAAUGAGCGCAGAAACCAACGCGAUAGCGAAUAGUCGGCAGCACGAGAGACCAACCACUUCGGACGCAAAUGCAUUGCCACGCCGCACCAACCAGCUGGCUGUGUGCCUUCGGUGA